GUUCGAGUAUCAGGAAUCAUGACAAAUGCUCCUAUAAUCCUGACCCUAGAUUGUGACAUGUAUUCUAAUGAUCCCCAAACGCCUCACCGCAUGUUAUGUUUCUUCUCGGAUCCAAAACUUAGGCCCAAUUUAGGGUAUGUUCAGUUUCCUCAGAUCUUUCAUGGGCUCAACAAGGACGAUAUUUAUGCUUGUGAGUUUAAAGGCUUGUUCCAAACCAAUCCUAUGGGACUGGAUGGCCUGCUAGGCCCGAAUUAUAUUGGGACUGGAUGCUUUUUCUCUCGCCGAGUCUUUUUUGGAGGCCCAUCAUCUUUUUUGGCUCCCGAAAUUCCCGAAUUGUGGCCGGACCACGUUGUAAGCAAGCCCAUCCAGGCCCAACAAGUAUUGGCAUUGGCACACCAGGUUGCAGAUUGCAAGUAUGAGAACCAAACCAAUUGGGGUUCCAAGUUGGGCUUCAGAUAUGGGUCACUGGUGGAGGACUACUAUACUGGUUAUAGGCUGCAAUGUGAGGGGUGGAAGUCUGUGUUUUGCCAUCCAAAUAGAGCAGCAUUUUUAGGGGAUGUACCCAUAACCCUCAAUGAUGCCCUAAGUCAAACCAAGAGAUGGUGUGUGGGCCUACUUGAGGUGAGCUUCUCCAAAUAUUGUCCAUUAACUUUUGGCUCCAAGGCUAUGGGGUCUCUAAUGGGUCUUUGCUAUGCACACUAUGCUUUCUGGCCCAUUUGGUCAAUUCCAAUCACCAUGUAUGCUUUCCUGCCUCAGCUCACUCUCCUCAAUGGAAUCUCCGUCUUCCCUAAGGUUUCGGAUAACUGUUUUUUCUUGUACAUUUUUCUAUUUAUUGGGAGCUAUGGACAAGAUUGUCUUGACUACAUCUUAGCCAAAGGAACAUUUCAAAGGUGGUGGAGUGAUCAAAGGAUGUGGAUGGUGAGGGGAGUCACAUGUCACAUGUUUGGAUUAAUAGAAUUCAUAUCGAAGUACGUAGGCAUUGCCACACAGGGAUUCAAUGUCACCAGCAAAGUAAUAGACAAUGAACAGGGCAAAAGGUAUGAUCAAGGGACAUUUGAGUUCGGAGUUGAGUCGCCCAUGUUUGUGUCACUAGCAGUAGCAGCAAUAAUCAAUUUAAUUGCAUUUAUUGGAGGGUUGAUCGGAGUUUUGAGGGGCAAGAACUCAGAGGGACUGUUUGGUCAAUUGUUGAUUUCGGGUUUUGUGGUGUUGAAUUGUUGCCCAGUUUAUGAGGCUAUGGUGUUGAGGACUGAUAAAGGAAGGAUGCCUACUAAGACUACCAUCAUUUCCACAUUUCUUGCAUGGGCUCUAUACACAGCAGCUUCUCUUAUACUAAAGAUGUGAAAUUAAAGGGGGGGUUAUAUUGUUUUACUUUUCAUUUUAUAGAAAAUGAAGAGAUAGAGAACUUGAAUUGCAUGUAAUCCUGAUUAACUAGGGAUAUAAUUGGGGGAAUACUAGUUUAUUAUAAACUACAUGAUUUUGUCGGCAUUAUUGCCUAUUUAAGAUUGUGUUUGGCCUCGUGAUUCAUAAUAAUAAAAAAAAAAA